AUGCCACGUCGCAAUAUAUUUGUGGACCCCAUCCCUGGCCCUCCGCCUUGGCGGAAUAUCCAAACCGUUGACAGUGUGAAUUUUGAUGUUAUCGACUUAUCACGUUUGCGUGCUGCUGCCGAAAACAUGACCAAAAUGUACCGUCAUUUUACGCAAAUUGAACCCGGCGACAGGGCUGCACGUAGUUGUUCAAAAGGAGGCGGUGGAAGCUUUGUUCGUAUAAUCCUCCCCAAUUCACCCAGCGGACAGGACGACGAUCGCAUCGCCGCCAUAAGCCUUUCUGCAUUCUGUGUUCUCUGCAAAGCUCUCCAUUUGAUUAAUACUUUCCAAAGGCGGCACCGUUCGCAGCUGGAAGUCCAUUCGCCACAUCUGUCUUGA